AUGAGUUUCAAGGUGUUGGGGUUGUUGGCCGUUGUUAUAGCGGGUGCGUAUGGGCAUACCUACCACCUCGGUGCCUGUCCCACCGUUGAGCCGAUGCACGGCUUCGAAAUGAAUAAGUUGUUGGGAGUAUGGUACGUGAUACAGAAAACAUCAACAGCAUCUAACUGCAUAACCUACAACUUCACCAAGACUGACGAGCCCGGCAAAUACGAACUCGAACAGUUGUCGCAACACUUCAUAUUGGGACUCACUCCACUUAAACACGACUACAGGUACAAAGGUAUUCUAACAGUGCCUGACCCAGCAGUGCCCGCCCGGAUGAAAGUGAGGUUCCCACUUAGUGUGGCGGGUACAGCUAGUUACACGAUCCUGAUGACGGACUACACAUCCCACGCAGUGGUGUUCACCUGUCAAAAGCUCGCCUUCGCGCAUCGUCGCUCUGCCACCAUCCUUUCUAGAACUAAGGAACUCGACAGGAUUUAUCUCGAAAAGAUGCGCAACAAGCUGUCUUCUUUCGGCGUCGACCCCUACGACUUGUCCAUUAUCUCUCAGAAUGACUGUCCCAAACACCUUAAUGGAACUGAAGGAGUAAAUAUUAAUAUUCAUCCCGAAACGUUUUCAUCGCAUAACAUCGGAGAAGCCGUGAGAAAGACUGGAGGUGCUAUAGCUGACGGCGUUGAAUAUGUAGUAGAAGCUGGCAAAACUGUAUACCAUAAAGUGGCUAGCAGCAAAGAGGAUCUUACAGAAGCGCCAGGAAACGGACGUUCAGUAAAGGACGACGCUGAAUGGCUACCUUAA